UGCCUGUUUGUGGCUAAACUUUUGCCUCCUUUACUAUGUUUCCCUUUAAAAUCAAUUGUUUUUAUUAAUUUGUUUCUAAAAACUUUUGGAGAGAAACGUCGCCAAAAAAUUGCAUAACUCCAAGAGACGGACAGACAAACCCAACAAUUCUAAAAUUAUCAUCUAGGGCAAUUCCUAUUCUCCUACUCACACACACCCAAUUAUAAUAUAUUGAUGUUUUGUAUUUAAAUUUGUUUCGUUUUUAAUCAAGUUUUGUUUAGUUAAGUUUGAGUUGGUUAAGUUUUGAUUAAAUUUACAUAGCGCUAUGGAUAUACUAUUUAAUAAUGUGAAUAAAAUAAAAAUAAAAAGUUCAUUUCUCCUAAUAUCAAAUGGUUUUUCAUGCAAAAUUGUUGGUAAAAAGAAUACCGAUAUUGAAUUAUCAAGCGAAUUUUUAAUGUUACCCGGUGAUCAUGGGCACAGGAAACUUUCUAUUAAACAUGUUAUCCAUAUAGAGUUUAUGGAUAAUUCUGAACAAAAGGAAGCUGGUUUGGUUAUUCAUGUCAAUAUUUAUGGUAUGAGGGUACUUAGACAAUACUUUGCGGAGGAAAGAAAUGAAACAACGGAUUACAAACGUUUAUGUUCGCGAUCACAGCUUAUCGUAUUUGACAUUCUUAACUACAACGACAUGCAUCAUAUUCGUCAAAUACUUAGCAAUGCAAGUAUUUUUCAUCACAAUUAUUUACAGGAACCGAAUAAAUCCACUAUUGGAAUGAGAACCAAACAAAUAAUAGCUUUUUCAAGAUAUAAAGAAUUAGUGGAAUCAAUUCCAUACCGGAAGUGGUCACUUCAUCUAAAUAAUUUAGGGUUCAUUCCUCCCAUAAAAUUGGAUCAAUCAUCACAACAUAUUCCAAUAAUUUCGAGAAUGCAAAAUGAUCAAUGGGUGGUCAACGAUGAAUUACAAACGUUUGUCAGGGCUGAUCCGAAAAAAUUAAAUAAAAGUAUUGAUACUAUUCAAGAACAACCAAACUAUCUCGGUACUUAUUUAGUUUCCCCCCCCCAGCCAGUUUUUUCGAAAAUUAUGUAA